CUUCCUGCAACACUCACGCCUGUCGGACGUAGUAUCUGUUGAUUAGUAGAGUCUGCUUUUCCCACAAGCGGAAGUUAGAGGUAAGUUAGCAACAUGGUGGUUACCAGGAGGGGAACAUGCGUAGAGUCGCCUGUCGGGACUAAAGUGUCCGAAACGCCGAUUAAGACGGCUGCCUCCAGAAGUAAUACUCCAGCUAGGCAAAGAGCAACCAGUAGCAGACAGACCAAAGGAGAGGUAUUGUCAGAAGCCAUCAGUGAGUCUGAGCAUGAGGGAGCAGAAGAAAGGGACUCCCAAUCCUCUGUCUCCUCAGAGGUGCAGAGCUCUGCUGUCAAAAUGAUGACCAGAAGCAGACAGGCCAGAAGUGCAUCUCAGCCGGAGUCGAUGAAUGAUGCUGAUGUUUCUGAGGUUGAGUCGUGCUGCUCCACAGUACUGGCAGUGCAGUCGCUUCAUGAUCAACAAUUAACACGCAGUCGUAGAAGUAGUGCCCCCUCCCAUAAGAAAGUAGUGGGCAAGUUGCAAGGUGAGGAAGCCGACAUCUCUGAAGCAGAGUCAUGUUCCUCUUCUGUUUCUGCAGUCCAAGCCACUGAUAACCGAAGAGCAACCAGGAGUUUGAGGAGCAGAGCAGUGUUAAAAACAAAGCCUGGCGCCAAGUCUCAGAGCGAGGAUACUGAGUUUUCGGAAGCAGAAUCCUGCUCCACAGUUACUUCAGAUGUCCAGUCCUCACAAAACCAAAGAACAACCAGAAGCAGAAGCAGCGAAGACCUAUCUCUAAAUGCUGAAAAGUCCCAAAAUGAGGACACUGAAGUUUCUGAGGCAGAGUCUUGGUGCUCUGGUCUUGAAGCAACUGUUGUACGCCGAACAACAAGGAGUAGGCAAGCGAAAGGCCAGCCUGCCUCAGAGUCCCUCCAGAAAGGAGUAACAGAGGUUGAGAAAUGCUCCCCGCCGUCACCUUCGAAAGACCCUGAAGUUGCGGUUUGCAGAGAACAGUCCACCAGUAGUCCAAAGUCAACAAGACGUACAAGCAGGAGGAAUAUAUCCCAGUCGCAGCAAGAGGAAGUUAUAUCGUGGUCCGAAUCGGAAUCUGUUUCUAGUGUUGCUGGCAGCCCAACAAAAGGGAACCGCAGGGUAGAAUCCAGGUCGGAAGUGGUAUCCGAAACUCCAAGCAGCAGUCGCACAGGAUCACGGUGCAAUCGCCAGGUUGUGUCGCAGCCGGAAACUAUUGUAGAGGCUCCGAGUGACGAUGAAGAAAUGGAGCUGGUGCUUCCUGCUGCUGCUUCUCCCAGGAAAGAAGAAACAAAACCCAGCGAAGAACAUGAAGAGGACAUCCAAAAAACUGCUGAUUCAGAAGGUCCUGGUCUUCACAACUCCAAAACGGUCAGCAAAAACGAGGAGCAGAUUAUUUCUGAACCUGAAACCACAGCAUCUCAUGGGAAAGUAGAGGACAAUGAUCAGACAAUGGUGAUUGAACUAGAUUGUGAGAGCAUAAAUAUUGAAGUGGCGGAUGGCAAGAGCAAGCAGGGCAAAGAGAGUGUUUCAGGGUACAAGGAUGCUGACCCUGACCGUGAAGAUGAGAACCAGAAUCAACAGUGUAGAAAUCUGCUGAGCUUGGAAACAAUCAAAGCUUCACCUAAACAACCCAAAGUCAUUAGUUUGCUGCUCAUCAGUGAUGAGGGCAGUGAUUGUUCAGACAGUGAGGAGGAGAUGGAUGCUAGUGAUGUGAACAGCAUCCAAGAUAGAGAACCAGGGCCAUCCAAACCCAGGCCUUCUGAAAACCUUUCAGCUCAAGAGAACGGGCUGUUUGUAAUAGACACACAACCUGGAUUUGAGCCAAGCAGAAAGUAUUAUCUAGAAAGUGGAACGAAAGACAGUGAGGAGGAGGAAGCUGAAAGUGAUAAGGAAGGGGACCAGGGUAAAGAAUCAGAAGAGGAAUUUAUUGAUGAAGAGGAAGACGACGACGAGGAGGCUGAAGUUCUGUAUAAAAGACGAAAACCAGCGUUGAUGGAGUUUUCUAGCAGCAUAGACCCUGGUUUAAAUCUCAAAGGAAUUGGGGGACUGUACAUCAGCUUUGAUGCAAAGAAGCAGAAAAGUGCCCCAAGUGCUCUUAAAAAGCUGAAGGAACAAAAUAAUAAAGAUGUGCUGUUGGAGAAAAGUGUGAUAACUCCAGAUUUUGAGAAGAAGGAAUCAGUCCCACCUUACAAGGAGUCUCUCCAGCAGCUCAGAAAGAAGCGCAGAGAAGAACGUGCCAAGACAACCGGUGAUGGCUGGUAUAACAUGAAGGCUCCUGAAAUGACAACUGAAUUGAAAAAUGAUCUGAAAGCCCUGAAGAUGAGGUCAGCAAUGGAUCCAAAGCGUUUUUACAAGAAGAACGACAGAGAAGGCUUUCCUAAGUAUUUACAGGUUGGUACUGUUGUGGACAGUCCCGUCGAUUUCUAUCAUGCCCGGAUUCCCAAGAAACAGAGGAAGAGGACAAUAGUGGAGGAACUGAUGGCUGAUAGUGACUUCAGAAGUUACAACAAGAAGAAAUACAAGCAGAUCAUGACAGAAAAGGCAGCCCUGGCAGCUGGCAAGAAGAAUCGCAAGAAGAAUAAAUUCAGCAAGAAGAAAUAACCAGGCUUGGACUUUUGUGACUCGGCCCCCAUGUUGUCUUUCCCUGCAAUACAAUUACAAAGCAAUGAGGAUGUAAUUUAAAUUCACAUGAGAAAUUGCUUAAUCAAUUCUCAUUUUAUUACGUGAAGUAUCUGUAAAGGGGAUUACAGAGGUAAUGUGUGUAACAAGAAGAAGAAAAAAAAGAGAAAACAUUGAGAUUAAAACAACAACCAAAUUCAGCACACGUUCAAAGGCCUGUUUUGCGCGUUCACCCUAUGAGGUGCCCAAUCUGACAGCAAGGAGUGGUUUUCUGACAAGUGUGUCUGGGACUACUGUAGGUACCUCCAAAGAGCUUACAUGCCUAAACAUUAGGGCUGUCACUGCUACAUAGCUUAUUUUUUCUAAACGUAUUACUUCUAUAAGAUGAUUCCAUCAUUGUGCAACGGGGGAUUUCAUUCUUUCCAGCAACACAGUUAUUUUCUUUGCCACUAUGCUUGCUGAAAAUAUUAACAAUGAAUGAUGUAUUCCUGUUAAAAAGAGAAGGUAAUCGCCCCCAACUCUUACUGGUGUUGCAUAGCAAAUCCUAUAAAAAAUGUUAGACUGGAUUUUUGAGUCAGGGCUCCCAUCUCGUCCAUAAAGAGCCUAGCGAUACAUUUGGCAGGCAAAGGAAAUUACUUAAAUAUAUCAAUACACGCCCCCCCCCCCCUCCCCCCCCCUCUCUCCAUAUAUCAGACACCUGUUAAUGUUUACAAGGAGUAUCUGUUUUUUUAAAUAAAUGUAUUAAGCUAUUUAAGGACAGUGGACUACACUUUCAAAUAGGUAGUGUUUGUUAUAUCCUGUACCAUUAUAAAGUCCCACGCAGUACAUAAAGAAUACCUUUUUAAAAUGUCUGUUGUAUUUAAAAUGUAAACCACAUAUAUGUUUCAAUAACUAAAUAUACAUCAGCAUAAAAUAUAGUAUUUAAAACGAUCAGAAACAGUAAGUAUUAAACUAACGGCAAUUGAAAAAAUGAAGCCUUUCGGACACAGUUAUCUUUUUGUGUAUAAUCAUAAACUGGAUAUGCAUGCUGCAAGUUUUAAUCCUAAUGGUAUUUGUGUUCUUUAGGAUAACAUCAUUUGAG